CCUGCCAGGAGCUCGAUGACUGGCAUCUGGUGCUGGCCUCUCAGGCCUGUGACGGGGACAGCUGCUGCUUUCUGGCGAGAGGCUGCACAAAGCGCCCGCGCCCGAGCCAAGGUCAGACAGGCGAGGGGCACUUCCCGGGUGCCACAGAGCGGAGCCCCCCGGACCAUGCUGAGCCUGACCAGGGCCUCGAGGCUGCUCCGGGCCUCCCUGAGGGGCCAGGCAGUCCCCAGGGCCCCCAUCUCCAGCCGGCCGGCCAGGGACCCCACCAGCCCCGGAGAGCAGGCUGUCGCCAUGGCGAUCAUCUUUUUCACCUUCCUGGGCCCUUCAGGAUGGAUCCUGAGCAACAUCCGCAGCUACAGGAAAAGUUCUGGCUGAGGGAGGCGUCCUGAAAGGAGCAGCCAAUGCCGGACGCCCUGCUGCUUCCAGGAGACCCCUUCCCCCAGCCCAUUAAAGGUCUCUGACAAA